AUGGAGGAGAAACGGAGGCUCAAUGAGUUGCCAAACGAACUGAUCUUGAUGAUAUUCUCAUUCCUUCCAAUGUUUAAAGAGACCGUAGCAACACAUCUCAUAUCAAAAUUUUGGGAGGAACCUUGGGAACUGGAGCCCGAUGUCAUGUUAGAUGAUGAUGAUGAAUCAUACGAGAGUUUUCGGAGUUUUGUUUAUGAAUCUUUGUUGUCUAACGAUGCUCAAAUCCUAGAUAGAUUGCAUCUCAAGCUUAGCCGGAUAGAUUCGGCUUCACACAUCAACUUUUGGGUUAAAAGCGCUGUUUAUCGAUCUGUGAGAAAGCUGAGAAUCCACUUGUUUGGCAAAACCCUAGAAUUGCCAAGUUGCUUGAGUGGCAGUGCUUGCGUAACCCUAAAGUCAUUGAUACUCCGUGAAGUAAGAAUCGAGGUGGUUCCUCCUUGGUUUCGUUUGCCAUCGCUCAAAAGUCUGCACCUUUUAUCGGUCACGUUUUCGGACAACGAAUCUGCUUCAAGUCUUUUACAAAUUUGUCCAGAUCUUGAAUAUUUGGUACUACACCAAACCAAGGUAUUCGGUAGUAAUGUGCCUGCUUUGAGUACUUACAAAACCCUAAAAUCAUUGACACUCAGAGAUGUAAGUAUCAAUGAUGUUCCGUCUUGGUUACGUUUGCCAUCUCUCAAAGCGCUGCAUCUCUUGUCAGUUGAUUUUUCGGGCUACAAAUCUAAUGCAAGACUAUUAGAACUCUGCCCUGUUGCAAGACUUUUAGGAAUCUGCCCUGUUGUUGAAGAUUUGGUUGUAAAACGAACCGAAGUAUUCCAUAGUAAAGUGCCUGCUUUGAGUACUUGGAGAACCCUAAAAACACUGAUACUCCGUGAAGUAUGCAUCAAAGAAGUCUCGCCAUGGUUUCGUUUGCCAUCACUCAAAAGUUUGCACCUUUUAUGGGUCAAGUCCUCGGACGACGAAGCUGUUGCAAGUCUUUUACAAAGUUGCCCGGUUCUUGAAUCUUUGGUAGUGAACCAAGAAAUGCAUAAAAAUGUGCUGUUCAAGGUUGUUCCGCCCUGGUUUUGUUUGCCUUCACUUAAAAGUCUGCACCUUUUAUCGGUUAACUUCUCCGGCGACGAUUCUGUAGAAAUGUUUUUAAAAUGUUUCGGGGCUCUUGAAGAUUUGGUGGUAAGCACAACCAAAAAUGACAAUGUGAUGAUAUUCAAUAUCAAUGUGCCUACUUUGAAGAGCUUAUCUAUUGAUAACUCGAAAGGGAGACGAGACUAUGUUAAGAAGAUUCAUGGGUUUGUGAUAAAUGCUCCUGCUUUGAGGAAGUUUGACUUUAAGGACACAUUCAGUAACUUUCUAACGUUUGGAUAUAUGCCUGAGGUGAUCAAGGCGAAUAUCCAGGUUAUUUGUGACCAAUCUGAGAAGUUCAUAGGAUCUCUUACCUCAGUCCAACAUCUUUCUCUCUGUUCUCUAACUUCGGAGGCUCCAUAUCCUAGAGGCACAUUCUUCUUCUUUCUUGAACAUCUAGAGCUAUGUACAUGUUCUGCACGAUGGUGGAGUCUACUUGCUUGUAUACUCAAAGACGCUCCAAGGCUUCGAUCUCUCAAGCUUAAGUCGUGUUCGCAGGAAAAUUCUAGCAGGAUUAGGGUGAAAAUGGAGGAGAAACGGAGGCUCAGUGAGUUGCCAGACGAUCUGAUCUUGAUUAUAUUCUCAUUCCUUCCAAUGUUUAAAGAGACCACUGCAACACAUCUCAUUUCAAAAUGUUGGGAGGAAACUUGGGAACUGGAGCCGGAUGUCAUGUUAGAUGAUGAUGAUGAAUCAUACGAGAGUUUUAUGAGUUUUGUUUAUGGAUCUUUGUUGUCUAACGAUGCUCAAAUCUUAGAGAGAUUGCAUCUCAAGCUUGGCCGGGAAGAUUCGGCUUCACACAUCAACUUAUUGGUUAAAAACGCUGUUAUUCGAUCUGUGAGAAAGCUGAGAAUCCACAUGUCUGGCCAAACCCUAAAAUUGCCGAGUUGCUUGAGUAGUUGCGUAACCCUAAAGUCAUUGAUACUCCGUGAAGUAAGAAUCGAGUUGAUUCCUCCUUGGUUUCGUUUGCCAUCGCUCAAAAGUCUGCACCUUUUAUCAGUCACGUUUUGGGGCAACCCUGCAAGUCUUUUACAAAUUUGUCCGGGUCUUGAAUAUUUGGUUUUACACCAAACCCAGGUAUUCGGUACAUCUUUGCCUGCUUUGAGUACUUACAGAACCCUAAAAUCAUUGACACUCAGAGAGGUAAGUAUCAAUGAUGUUCCGUCUUGGUUACGUUUUCCAUCACUCAAAGUGCUGCACCUUUUAUCAGUUGAGUUUCCGGGCUACAAGUCUAAUGCAAGUCUUUUAGAAUUCUGCCCUGUUGCAAGGCUUAUAAGAAUCUGCCCUGUUCUUGAAGAUUUGGUUGUAAACCGAACCGAAUUCAGUAGUAAAGUGCCUGCUUUGAGUACUUGGAGAACCCUAAAAACACUGAUACUCCGUGAAGUAUGCAUCCAAGAAGUCUCGCCAUGGUUUCGUUUGCCAACACUCAAAAGUUUGCAACUUUUAUGGGUCAAGUCCUCGGACGACGAAGCUGUUGCAAGUCUUUUACAAAGUUGCCCGGUUCUUGAAUCUUUGGUAGUGGACCAAGAAUUCAAUAACAAUGUGACGUUCAAGGUUCUUCCGCCUUGGUUUUGUUUGCCUUCACUCAAAAGUGUGCACCUUCUAUCGGUUAACUUCUCCGGCGACGAUUCUGUAGAAAGUUUUUUAAAAUGUUGCGGGGCUCUUGAAGAUUUGGUGGUAAGCAAAACCAAAGAUGACAAUGUGAUGAUAUUCAAUAUCAAUGUGCCUACUUUGAAGAGCUUAUCUAUUGAUAACUCCAAAGGGAGACGAGACUACGUUAAGAAGAUUCAUGGGUUUGUGAUAAAUGCUCCUUCUCUGGAGAAAUUGAACUUUAAGGAUACAUUCAGUAACUUUCUAACGUUUGAGUAUAUGCCUGAGGUGAUCAAGGCGAAUAUAGAGGUUAUUUGUGACCAGUCUGAGAAGUUCAUAGGAUCUCUUACCUCAAUCCAACAUCUUUCUCUCUGUUCUCUAACUUCGAAGACUCCAUAUCCUAGAGGCACAUUGUUCUUCUUUCUUGAACAUCUAGAGCUAUGUACAUGUUCUGCGGGAUGGUCGAAUCUACUUAGCUGUAUACUCAAAGCCGCUCCAACAAUUCGAUCUCUGAAGCUUAAGUCGAAACAUAGUGAUAGUUAUUGGAAGAAUCCCUGGGACAAACCAACAGAUGUUCCGGAAUGUUUAUCGAAGCAUCUCGAGUUGUUGGAAUGGAGAAAAUAUGAAGGCACCGAGAAAGAGAUGGAAGUGGCUGCGUACAUACUAGCGAACGCUACUUGUCUAAAGAGGGCGACAUUCUCAUCAAGAUAUCAUGGCAUGCUGAGGGAGAAGGAGUUAAAGAAAAUGAACAGAGUUUCAGAGACAUGUCACGACUUAAUAUCGAAACGUUGGCGUGGUCUUUCGAAGCUGGUGACGGAUCUCACGAUUGAUGAUGCAUCAGAUAGAUUUGUCGUCUAUGCAUAUUUGCUAAACAAUGCUCAAACUCUAGAUAGACUGCAAAUCAAGCUUCUCCGUUACUAUCAUUUGGCUUCAGACAUCAAUGCUUGGGUUCAAGCUGCUGUUGAUCGGUCAGUGAGAGAGGUGAGAAUCCACCUGUCUGGCCAUGCCCUAGAAUUGCCGAGUUGCUUGACUACUUGCAAAACCCUAAACACAUUGAUACUCCAUGAAGUACGUAUCAAGGUUGUUCCGCAUUGGUUUCGUUUGCCAUCACUCAAAACUCUGCACCUUUUAUCGGUUGAGUUUUAUGACGGCGGGUCUGUUGCAAGUCUUGUAAGAAUCUGCCCGGUUCUUGAAGUCUUGGUUGUAGACCAAACCAGAUAUGACAGUGUGAUGGUAUACAAUAUCAUUGUGCCUAGUUUGAGGAGCUUAUCUAUCGGUGACUCGAAAGGGAAACAAAAUAUGGAGACAUCGAGCAUCAACAAGCUGCCAGAUGAAUUGCUCUUAAAGAUCUUGUCGUCACUUUCGACUAAACAGUCCAUAGAAACAAGCUUCUUGUCAAAACGUUGGCGGGGUCUUUGGAGACUGGUGCCACAUCUCACGUUUGAUGAUGAGUUAUAUUCUAUUUUUUUUACUUUUACAAGAUUUGUUUAUACAUCUUUGUUGUUUAACAAAUGUCAAGUUCUAGAGAGAUUGGAUCUAAAGAGUUGCUUAAACUGUUGUUGGGAUUUUGCUCUGUCCAUCAACGAUUGGCUUCAAGCCGCGGUUAAUCGAUCUGUGAGAGAGCUGAGAAUCGACUUAUUUGGCAGAACCCUAAAACUACCGAGUUGCAUAACCCUAAAGUCAUUGAUACUCCGUGAAGUAAGUAUCGAGGUUGUUACUCCUGAGUUUCGUUUGCCAUCGCUCAAAACCCUACACCUUUUGUCGGUUAAGUUUUCUGGCGAUGAAACUCUUGCAAGUUUUUUACAAAGUUGCCCGGUUCUUGAAUAUUUGGUAGUAAUCCAAACCAAAGAUGACGAUGUGAUGUUUAAGGUUGUUCCGCCUUGGUUUUGUUUGCCAUCACUCAAAAGUCUACACCUUUUAUCGGUUAAGUUCUCUGGCGACGAAUCUCUUGCAAGUCUUUUACAGAAUUGCCUCGUUCUUGAAGAUUUGGUUGUAAACAAAAUCAAAGAUGACAAUGUGAAAAUAUUCAAUAUCAAUGUCCCUACUUUGAAGAGCUUAUGUAUUGAUAACUCGGAAUGGAAACGCUCCUACGUUGAAGAGAUUCAUGGGUUUGUGAUAAAUGCUCCUGCUUUGAGGAAGUUUUACGUUAAGGACACAUUCAGUAACUUUCUAACGUUUGGAUAUAUGCCUGAGGUGAUCACGGCGAAUAUAGAGGUUAUUUGUGACCAAUCUGAGAAGUUCAUAGGAUCUUUUACCUCAGUCCAACAUCUUUCUCUCUGUUCUCUCACUUCAGAGGCUCCAUAUCCUAGAGGCACAUUCUUCUUCUUUCUUGAACAUCUAGAGCUAUGUACAUGUUCUGCGGGAUGGUGGAGUCUACUUGCUUGUAUACUCAAAGUCGCUCCAAGGCUUCGAUCUCUCAAGCUUAAGUCGAAUCAUAGAUCCGAUUACAAUGAUCCGAUGAUAUGCCUUAGCAAACCAUCAGUUGCUCCUGUAUGUUUAUCGACGCAUCUGGAGAUCUUUGAAUGGAGACAAUAUGAAGGCAAAGAGCAAGAGAGGAAAGUGGCUGCAUACAUACUAGCAAACUCUACUUUUCUAAAGAUGGCGACAUUCUCAUCAAGAUGUAGAAACAAACAUCAUAGCAUGUUCAGGAAGUUAAAGUCUAUGGACAGAGUUUCAAAGACAUGUCAGCUUGUAAUUGACUAA